GAAGGCCUGUCAGCUCUAGCCAGCUCGAUUCCGCCCAGAAGCCAGCUUACGAUGGCGAAGGUGAUCAAGGCCACCCGCAUUCCGAGGGCCUUGAAGCACAAGGCCGGCCGCCGAGCGGCGGCGAUCAGUCCGGACUCCGAGGGCGAGAGGCUCAUGUCCAUCCAGGAGCUGACCGACGAGGACAGCGAAAUGGAGCAGAAUCGGGACAUGCCUCCGGAUCCGUGGACAGACGGAGCCUUGCGCGGUCUCCAGUACGAGGAGGAGGCGAUGUCGGAGGCGGAGAUCGAGCUCUUCUACGAGGGCAGUUUCAUCCUCGUGCCGGCGGUCCGGUGCUGGAGGAGGUUCGUCACCAAGAUGCCCAUGUGUCUGAGGGUGUGUGCCGCCACGAGGCCGUUGGCUGUGGCGGUGCCUCGAGCAGGACGGCUGGCGCAGAUCGUGGACCAGGAGGGCUGCCAGCAUCCCCAGAGCGCGAUCUGGCACGGCGUCAACCAGUAUGCGAGGUACUCCAAGUGCAGGACAUGCGGCGCGCCACUGUCCAUGGUUCGCUUCACCAAGGGGGAGAUCGAGGAGAACCGCCAGCAGAGGGACCUCAAGAAGAGGGCCAAGCAGGAGCAGCGGGUCAAGAAGGACGAGCUGGAGGAGAUGGUUCCAGGAGAUCGCCCGCCUCUUCAUCUUGCCAGGUCGGCCCCAGCGGACGAGGAGGGCAGUUCGGGAUCGGCGCCGAGGCUCAAAGUCAAGAUGCCACCGAUGGGAGUGGACUGGGCGCCGAACCACGGGGGCAGGGGGUCGGGCAGCGCGAGCUCAGGGGCUCCCACGGCGAGGAAGGCAGCGCCCGCGAAGGCUCCUCCAGGGUACAGCCAGGCCGAGCGGGACCUCGAGCUGAGGGCCCCUCCACCGAAGCCAGCGCCAACUCAGAGGGCCUCCGACCUGGAGAUCAUGCGGCAGAUGAUGCUCGAGGACAGGGACGUUCGGAACCUUCAGAUGGAGAACAUGAUCGGAGCCAUCCGGGCUCUGACAGAGGGUAUCGAGGGCAAGCUGGACGAGACGGACGAUCACUAG